CCAACACUAAGAGACUUGCAGUGUCGAAGAGAACAAGGACAAAAUGAUCGACAGACUGAGCGAGUUCCAAGCCGUCGCCGCCACGCCCCCAGACGAGGCGGUGUACAUUUGUGAGGAUAUGGAGCAGGACGCUUCUACCGUGCCGCUUUUCAGCGGGGAGGAGGCUUUGGAGAACAUCCACAGGGAGGUGCAGGCAACCAGGAAGGAGAUCCUGCUCCUCAACAUGGACAUCCAGCGUUUGGGCCAGGAGAGCAGCCGCUUCCUCACCUCGCUGCGCCGCUUCAGCAGCAUCAAGCGGGACGCCAACGCCGUGGGCCGCGGGAUCAAGACCCGCGGGGAGGCCAUCUUCGCCCGGCUGGAGAGGCUGAGAGCGCUGAGCCAGGAUCUGGCGCGGCUGCACGGCGAAUCCUCGGCGGCGGCCCGCGCGGCGCGGUGCCAUCACGCCGCGCUGACCGGCAGCUUCCACGCGGCCAUGACGCAGUACAACCGCGCCGAGAUGGCGCAGCGGGAAAACUGCACGGCCCGCAUCCAGCGGGAGGCGGCCAUCGUGGGGCGGGAGGUGAGCCGGGAGCAGAUCGAGGAGAUGACGGAGACGGGCAAGUGGGACGUGUUCGCCGGGAACGGGCUGCUGGCGGGGGCGGCGGACGUGCGCGGCGCCCGCUCGGCGCUGAGCGAGAUCGAGAGCCGGCGCCGGCAGCUGCUGGACCUGGAGGGCCGCAUACGGGACGUGCGCGACCUCUUCUUCCAGGUGGCCGUGCUGGCCGAGGAGCAGGGCUGCAUGGUGGACGACGUCGAGGCCAACGUGCGCGGCGCCAAGGACUACGUGGCCGCCGCCGGGAACCACGUGCGCCAGGCGCUCCAGUACAAGAAGGAGAACCCUUGCAAGAAAAUCUUCUGCUGUUGUUUUCCCUGCUGCCACUGAAGUCGGGGAAAAAAAAAAAAAACAGAACGCAUAUUGGGAUCGUCCGCCAAAGGCAAAAAAAAUUGGGAUCGAGUCCGUUUUCCCCGCUAGGAGUCAUUCGGCACCAGGGUUGAGGUUUCCACGCAAGGGUUGAAGGUUAGAUGACCACCAAGACUUCAAAUAAGGGUCUUAAACUAAAGAAAGGGUUUCAAGGGACGGGGUCGGGGUUUGAGACUGGCAAAGAGGUCCCAAGGCAAGGGUUGGGGGUUCAAAAAAUGGUUUUGUAAAUCUUGGUUCAAGCCUGCGUUCGGGUUUCAACUUGGGACUUGGGAUCAAGUCCGUUUUCCCCGCGAGGAGUCAUUCGGCACCAGGGUUGAGGUUUCCACGCAAGGGUUGAAGGUUAGAUGACCACCAAGACUUCAAAUAAAGGUCUUAAACUAAAGAAAGGGUUUCAAGGGACGGGGUCGGGGUUUGAGACUGGCAAAGAGGUCCCAAGGCAAGGGUUGGGGGUUCAAAAAAUGGUUUUGUAAAUCUUGGUUCAAGCCUGCGUUCGGGUUUCAAAUUGGGACUUGGGAUCAAGUCCGUUUUCCCCGCGAGGAGUCAUUCGGCACCAGGGUUGAGGUUUCCACGCAAGGGUUGAAGGUUAGAUGACCACCAAGACUUCAAAUAAGGGUCUUAAACUAAAGAAAGGGUUUCAAGGGACGGGGUCGGGGUUUGAGACUGGCAAAGAGGUCCCAAGGCAAGGGUUGGGGGUUCAAAAAAUGGUUUUGUAAAUCUUGGUUCAAGCCAGCGUUCGGGUUUCAACUUGGGACUUGGGAUCAAGUCCGUUUUCCCCGCGAGGAGUCAUUCGGCACCAGGGUUGAGGUUUCCACGCAAGGGUUG